CUCACUCUGCGGCUCCCGCCGCUCGGGAGCAGACACGCGGGGCCAAAGACUAAUUUGAACUAUUUUAUUAACAUAAAAACAAAACAAAUACAUAUUUGUAAAUAACACUUUAAGAAGCCAACAACACGAAACUAUUAAAUAACGCGCAUACAAUACGUCACGUCGUACUUCUCCUUAAGAAGCUCUUAAAUCUACUACUACUACUAUCUUCUUAUCGAAAUCUUUCAAAGCCUCUUGUAUUAAAAUACGAGAAGGAAAGGAAGGAAAACGCACAGCUGAAGGAAGGGGUGGAACGUACGCGACGCGAUCGCCGUCGAAGAGGCAUUCGCGUCCUAUCGGCCUGUGGUCGGGGCGAGCGUGAGAGAGAGAGAGAGAGAGGGACUGAAAGAUAGAGAGAGGUAGAGAAAAAGAGGGAGAGAGAUAGAGGGAGGUGGUAGAGAGAGAGAGAGAGAGAGAGAGACCGAAGAGAGAUAUCAGCAUCCUGAUUAUUAUCAAAAGACGAACGACGCUAAACGAAUAAGCUGAACGUAGGAGAAAAGGAAAGAAAGAGAUUCUCUGGUUUCUGAACUUAUCUCCAUUGGUCGUUGAGUGAAUUAGAAGGAAGGAAAAGUCAAAAGGGCGAGUGAGCGCACGUGCCGCGAUAACGAAGGGAAGCGAGGGUGAAAGUUUAACAACGAGAAAGAAAGGAAGGAAGGAAGGAAGGAAGAAAGUAAGUAAAAUAAGGAAACGCGUCGACUCUGAAUCUCCGUUUUGAGUUCUCUCUGUAACUGUGUGACCCUUACAUUAUUUUGUCCCUCCGGCUGGGGACAGGUUCAGUGUUGUAACUUAGGAUAUAAGAAGAACAGAGUUUCGGAGCGUACAACAAAAAGGGAGAGAGACCGAUAAAGAGUGAAGGAGAGUGAGCGUAAACGAGAAUAAGAAAGAGACAAAAGAAGAAGAAGCUGAUAGAGAGGAGGAGAGUAAGUUCCUUCUAAGUAGAAGGGGAGGAAGAAGGAAGGACGGGGUAAGACUUUGCUAGAAGGGUGACCUACCCUCCAAGAACGGGGCUCCAGUUUUUUAUACUAGUUCGAAGAAUUUUAAGAAGAAGAAUAAAAAGAAGGAGAGGAGUAUCGGCGACGAGAGGAUCGAACUGCUAUAGACAGACAGAUAAAAGAGAGAGGAAGAUAUAUAUAUAUAUACAUAUAUAUAUAUAUAUAUAUAUCUAGUGAGAGAAAAAGCAGCAAGAGGUAGGAGGAAGAAGGAGAGGAGGCAGGAGGAGGUGGAGGAUCGAUCCUAUGCGCGAUACCGUUUCCAUAGCACGCUCGUGCCUCCACGUGCGCUCGUUGCAAGAAGCGUUCUCGACGUAGGUAAAGCCUGACACAGGAAGUGUCGAAAAGGCUAGAAAGAGAAACGCGUAAGAGGGAAAGGGAGUGUUCGAGAGAGAGAAAAAGAGAGAGAGAGAGAGAGAGAAAGAGAGAGAGAGAGUGAGAGAGAGAGGAAGAGGCGAAGGAGGAAAAAUAAACUAGCACGUUAUUUCGAGCGAGUGUGUGUGUGAGAGAGAAAGAGUCAGAGUGUGUGUGUGAGAGAGAGAGAAAGAAAGAAAGAGAGAGAGAGAGAGAGAGAGAGAGAGAGAGAGAGAUAAAGGAAAGAGAAAGAUAAAGAGAGAAAGAGAAAAGGCCGGAAACGAGCUGGCUCGUGUGCACAAUCCUCCAGGGGAUAUGUCCUGCCGUUCCAAGGGGAGCCAUCCUACGCGAGCACAAACCUUAGCGCGCAGAGGGCAUCGGCAAGCCGAUCGUAUCUUCAUUCUUGAUCCUGGUAUUAAAGUGUCUUGACGAAAAGAGAAUCAUCGUCAUCAUCGUCAGAGCAACACCAACACCAGAAAUAGCAAUAGCAGCAAUAACAACAGCAGCAGCAGCAGCAGCAACAGCAGCAGCAGCAGCAGCAGCAGCAGCAGCAGCAGCAGCAGCAGCAGCAGCAGCAGCAGCAGCAGCAGCACUAGCAACGGCAGCAGCGCCGGCAACAACUCUCAAGCGGUUAUCGCUAGUACGAUCCUGACGGAGGAUCUCCAACGGUUAGCUAGCACGAGGAGGGCGCAGUCGUCCAAGCGAGAAGGACUGCUGGCUCCUUCGACUGGGCCGACGACGGCGAGACCGACGAGACCGACUAGCUCAGCGACGAGCUCAACGACGAGCUCCUCGACGAGCGUCAUCAUGCCGGCAAGAGCUCAACGAGCGCGUACCGCUACUACCACCACUACCACCUCGUAUGGUCGAGGACGAUGACGAUCGGCCACGAUCGGUAAGAUCAACGCGAAGGUCGCUCGAGCGAGCGUUACGGAGAUGGCGAACUACAAUCAUACGAACGCACAGCGCGUCGUCUACCACGCGAAUCACCCGACGUCUCUUGCCCCGAAUGGGGAUCCCAUAAAGCUUCCGGAGAAUUUAGAGACUUUGCCGCGAGCCGAGCAUUUUCCCACGCAAAGACACCGAUGGAAUACCAACGAGGAAAUUGCCGCGAUCCUGAUAAGCUUUCAGAGGCACGCCGAGUGGCAAAGUCGGGAAGUUAAAGUGCGACCUCGAAGUGGCUCGAUGUUGCUUUAUUCGAGAAAAAAGGUCCGCUAUCGGCGAGAUGGUUAUUGUUGGAAAAAACGGAAGGAUGGUAAAACCACGCGGGAGGAUCAUAUGAAACUUAAGGUCCAGGGGGUCGAAUGCAUCUAUGGCUGUUACGUGCAUUCGGCGAUUCUACCAACGUUUCACAGGAGAUGUUAUUGGCUCCUUCAGAAUCCGGACGUCGUCCUUGUCCAUUACCUAAACGUUCCAUAUCCGGACGGUGAUGCGAAGUUAGCAGCUCUGCCAACCUGUCUCGCGUUACCACCAGACAAGAAGGAAUGGACGCGAGACGAGCUGGCUUCUCAAUUAAGGCCCAUGUUCCUCGGUGGAGACGAUGAUCCAAAUAAUCCUCAUCUCACGCAGCACUCCAAUCAUCCGGUUGAUAUGAUCGUUUCGCAACUGCUAGAUAGACAGAGGGCAUCCUCUACCUCUUCUAGCAGUAGCGCACAGCUUGCACCUAGAAGGUUAACACCAGAUAAUCAGGUUUCAUCGACGACCGGCGGUCAGCAGCCUUCGACAACAGCUUCGCCGGCUCCACGUGUAUAUUCCAGACAUUCCCAUUCGACUCAGAGCCAACAGCCGGCUCCUUUAGUUUUAAGUUUGCAACAAAUUCAAGGUGGAGGUGGUCUUCUGAUACUGAACAGUCAACCAUAUCAUCAUCAACAACAACAACAACAACAACAGCAGCAGCAGCAGCAACAACAACAACAACAGCAGCAGCAGCAGCAGCAGCAGCAACAACAACAACAACAACAGCAGCAGCAGCAGCAACAACAACAGCAACAACAACAGCAGCAGCAGCAACAACAACAACAACAGCAGAGUCAGCAAGUUGAAAUGCAACAAGUGACGGAGCAACAAAUCGUUCAGCAAACUAGCGUCGAUAGAGAACAACAAACGCAGCAAGAGAUCGAUGCACAGGAUAGCAUGGAUCGGUCAACCGUUCAAUCCUUACCUAUCACCAGUUCUGGCUCCGAGGUCACAGAUUUUGCAAAAAUGUUAGACUUGAGUCAAGAAGAUAUUCAGAGGACAUUAUCCGCAAACAUGGUACCGCCCUCACCGUCACCAUCACCUGCGGACGAUAGUAUGAUAAAUCCGAUGGAUUUUAUCGAUUCGUCCGACGACGUGCUGAUCAAUUUGGAUGCCUUCGAUGUAUUUGGAGAUUUACCGGAAUUGCACGAUUUCGAAGCCGAAGAUACGAAACCGGAUAUUAGGGGAGGACCUGAUAACGAUGUUGGAUGUCAGCCUGGGACAACCGUCCAGAUCGCAGAAUACAGUCCCGAGUGGAGUUAUACCGAGGGUGGAGUCAAAGUUUUGGUUGCCGGUCCAUGGACAGGUGGGAACGGUUCGCAAAAUUAUUCGGUGCUUUUUGAUGCGGAACCAGUAAAGGCCUGUUUGGUUCAACCUGGUGUAUUACGUUGUCGAUGUCCAGCCCAUGCUCCGGGUAUUGCAUCCCUUCAGGUUGCAUGCGAUGGCUUUGUCGUAUCGGACAGUGUUGCUUUUGAAUAUCGAAGAGCACCUACGACCGAACCAAAUCCAGAAAGAGCGUUGUUGGAUCGAUUGGCGGAUGUGGAAUCUCGAUUACAAGGACCAGGUCCGCCGUCUCCAGCAGCUCAUCUGGAAGAACGACUCGUGGCUUAUUGCCAGGACGCUGUCGUUCGUCCUUGGAGAGUCGGUGCUGAAGCUCUACAAUCAGGUGGACCGACUUUGUUACAUUUGGCAGCAGGAUUGGGAUAUUCGAGAUUAGCUUGUGCAUUGCUUCAUUGGAGGGCUGAAAAUCCGAGUAACGUUUUGGACGCUGAAGUCGAUGCCCUGAGACAAGACAGUGCUGGAUUGACACCGCUCGCUUGGGCCUGUGCCGCUGGUCACGCUGAUACCGCUAGAAUACUUUAUAGAUGGAACGCGAUGGCGUUACGUGUGAGGGAUCGUCAAAACAGAAGCGCCACCGAGCUUGCCGCAGAGAACGGACAUACGGCAAUCGCCGAAGAACUGAAUCGGCUCGAAGCCAGAAGGCAAGACGAGAGGCUUUUCUUGCGACCUGCCAGCCCUAGCCCUAGGAGGCCUUCUCAAGACAGCGGUCUCGAUCUGGCGUUGUGUGAUUCCCCGCUCCUGGACAACAUGGAAUUGUUGCAAGAGGAUGAGUCGUCGUUAGGCCUUGGCGAUCAGGGAAUGGAGAGCGCUCCGACCCCUCAAGAGACCGUAGGGGAAGAAGACGCGAGGGUGCUGACGUUGGCCGAACAAAUUAUAGCCGCGCUACCGGAAAGGAUCAAGAGAGCGGAAGGUGAUUCUCCGUCUUCUUCCUCGUCCCCUCCGCCGCCGCCACCACCGUUGUCGCCGUUAGAAGAUGCUUUGAUGGAGCAAAUGCCUCUCGAUUCCGGCGAAUUGUUCGACUCGUACCGUGAGUGCAGCGGAGGCGCGGCUUCCGUCUCGGACGCCGACGCCGAGGCGAGUCCAUCGAGUCCUUCCAGCAGUUGCCUCACACCGGACUCGCCCUCGCCACCCCCGACGACGGCCGACUUUUGCGAAUUUUUGCAAUUGCAGCUGCAACUAGACGGCGGUAACAAUCAGAACGGUGGCGGUCAGUACUAUCCAAGCUGUAACGAGCGGAAAUUUGGCAAUGGAACCGAUGGAAAUGGGAAUACCGAUGGGAACGAGGCUGACUUGAGUAGGUUGACCCUGUCCGAUCGAGAGCAGAGGGAACUUUAUCAUGCCGCGAGAAUGAUCCAGAAGGCCUAUCGGAGUUACAAGGGUCGUCAGAGGCAAGAAGAGGCUGAAAGACACGCAGCCGUUCUCAUCCAACAGUAUUAUCGUCGGCACAAACAGUGCGCUUAUUACAGGCAAGCUACAAAGGCAGCCCUGGUGAUUCAAAGCAAUUAUCGGAACUAUCGUUCACGUCCUGGGUCCGCUUGUUCAAGGCAACAGGCAGUCCAUCAGCAAGCGGCCCAUCAAGCAGCAAGAAAGAUCCAACAAUUUAUGCGGCAGUCAAAAAUCAAACUGCAGAACGCCAGGGCCGCCGCAAACGGGAACGUGAGGCUGCCAGCGGCCAUUUCGCGGGCGGUUGCUGUCCCCCAAAGCUCGCACUCAUCUAGCCCAGGGGUCAGCCUACUAGCCGGCAAGCCAGAGGUCAUUUAAACGAUCGUCAAUCCAGCAGCACGAGGAAUGCCAAUGGCGACACGAUCGGAAAGUAAUUCCACAGGAGGAAAGUCCUUUGAAUCGAUCGAUCGAUCGAUCGAUCGAUCAUAAUAAGCUGAAAGAUAUACUUAUAUAUAUUUCUUUCUUAUCACCUAAACGAGCUACGAGAGAACAUAAGAGAAUUUUGAUCUUAAAAAAAGGGAAACGUUUUGUGAUACAAUCGAGUUUGUUUUUAAUUGUCUUUAACUCUUUCUUUUUCUCUUUUUUCCUUUUUUUUCUAUAUAUAUAUAUAUAUAUAUAUAUAUAUUUAAAAAAAGAUUAUUUUUUUUGUUCUUCUUUUUCGUUCUCUCUUGUGCUUGUUUUUUUUUUUUUUUUUCUUUUUGUUUCUUCUUCUUCUGAUCAUCGCAAUAUCGACGAUUAAACAUUAUCGAUAAUAUCUGACUUGAUUCAAUUUAUUUUAAAUUAUUAAAUUGCUAAUUGAAAAAUUUGUCCUUCUUAACGUUACAUUUGUUAAUAUCAAAUUAAGUUCAUUCUUUUAUUCUCAAGCUAUUUUAUUUUUAUUUAACAAAUCUUGAUUAGAUUGAUGUUCUUAGCAUCGUUCUCGUUCUAUCGUUUCUAAGAUUUUUCUUAUAUAUACAAUCAAAUGUAUCAAAUGUAUUAGUUUUGUCAAUGGGAGGAACGAAAAUCCUGCCUCUAGUAUGUUAUUGUAAUUUUCAUUAAGUUUCAGAAACGAAAAACCGAUAUUGUGAGAGGUGGAAACGAUCGUGUUAAUACGACAUGAUUUCGACGUACGAGAAAGAGAAAAGAGAGAGAGAGAGAGAGAGAGAGAGAGAGAGAAAGAGAGAGAGAGAGAGAGAUAAAGAAUUUAUGUCCUUGGGCUGAUAAAGGCAGGGCUGUCAUAGUAACUUGGAAAGAAAAAGAAAGACAAAGAUAGAUUUGAUAUAUUUUGAAAAAAAAAAUAAUAAUAAUAAUAUGAGUGCCGAAUAGGCACUCGAAUCCUUUCAUUUUUAUAUUUCACAUCGAUCUAUAUACGUAUAUAAUAUAUUAUGAUAUAUACAUAAAUAGACACACGUACACAUUUACACAUACAUACGUACAUAUAUCUAUAUAUACAUAUAUAUAUAUAUAUAUAUAUAUAUAUAUAUAUAUUAUUUUAAUGAAAAUCUUAGUGCGAUUAUCGAAUCCUAUUCACAGUCGUCGUACCCGUAUGCUCUGUUCUGGUGCUCUUCCAUCAUACGGCAAUCGUUGUUAAAAUCUAAAGCCGAACGAGAUUAGUGUAGAUGAAUUAAGAAGAAAACAAAAAAAAAAAGUAGAAAGAAGGGAGUAAAAUAAAACGAAGGAUUUUUUUUUUUACCGAAGAGAUACAAACAGAUAGGGAUAGAGGAAAAGAGAGAAAGAGAGAGAGAGAGAGAGAGAGAGAGAGAGAGAGAGAGAGAAUGUUGUCUUUUUGAGGUAUCGUUAGGAAUUUUGUGUCGUGUUAUUUUGUCGAAGCGAUAAAGUAAGAGGGACAAUGAAGAUAAAAAGACAGAUAGGAUGAAGAAGACAAGGACGAAGACGAUGAGAGGAUUUAGAGGGCGAUGAAUGUGAAGAAGAUGAAGAAGAUGUGAAGAUGAAAAAAAUAGAAAGAAGGUAAGAAGAACGAUUCUAGGAGAUGCGUUUGAGCGUAAUUAGCUCUCCUAAGGGAAACAAAAAAGAAAAAAGAAAAUUUAAUGAAAAUAAAAGCGAAAAAAGAAAAGCGGGAUUUUUUGUGGAACGGGGUGGGGGGCGACUCAUCCACGGGCUGUGCUUAAAGUCACAGUAUAAUCAAUUCUCGUAGUGUUAAACAUUUAGGAUAAGCUAGCCGAUUAUAUAUUGUUACAAAACUACACCUACCGUUUCUCCCUCAAGCGUAGGGAAUUUUUUUAAAGAUUCUUUAGCAUAGAGACAGAAAGAGAGAGAGAUAGAGAGAGGAAUAGAGAGAGAGAGAGAGAGAGAGAGAGAGAGAGAGAGAGAGAGAAAGGUAAAGAGAAAAAGGAGAAAGAGAAAGAGGAGCAAGUAAAC